AGGCAAUCAGGUCUCGACUUGGUAAAGCUAGUUCGUGAAAGAAGCGAGUGAAAAAACAGUUGGACUGUAAAGAGAGCGAAGAUGACGCUGGGUCUGAUCAAUGCGAACCCCGUGGUUCACGCUAAAAGGGAAAGGGUUGCUCGCACUGAAGAUCUCCAUGCUGACGAUGCCGUUGAUCCUCUCGAUAUCUAUGAUUUCGUGAGGGAUAUUAGAGAUCCAGAGCACCCAUAUUCCUUAGAGCAGCUCAGCGUGCUUUCAGAGGAAUCGAUCACCGUUGAUGACAAGCUCGGUCGUAUUCUGAUAACUUUCACGCCGACUAUUCAGCAUUGCAGUAUGGCAACAGUGAUAGGUCUUUGCCUGAGAGUUAAACUAAAACACUGUUUCCCUCCUCAUUAUAAGGUUGACAUUAAAGUAUCUCCAGGAUCGCAUGCAAAUGAAGAAUCAGUUAACAAGCAGUUGAAUGAUAAAGAAAGAGUGGCUGCUGCCCUGGAGAAUCCCAACCUUCGCCAACUCGUGGACGAGUGCCUGUAUUCCAAUGAACUCUGACCAAGUAAAACUUCACAGCUUAAAACCCACUGUACAGAAGAAACUUUAGUAGUUCAUAUGCAAUAAGAAAUUGCUUUGUUGUAUUGUUAAUCUCCCUUUUUGCCUCUAUUAAGUGAAGUUGCUUUACAGUGAGUGGCCUUGUUAUGUCUACGUAAAGUUCAUCUGCAAAAGCUAUCAUGUAAAAUAGGAAGGAAAACAUAAGUUGCAGAGUGUGUGUGUAGUCUGUGUUUGGAUUAUCUUAUAGUGUCUAAUGUGGUUGGUUGGCUGGCCAUCUUUUGGUGUGGACAACCCGUCAAAUAAAAUAAUCAGAAAUUUCAUCAGUUAAGAAU